AUGGAUGUUACUGAACCAAUUGCGGAAGCAUCAGCAGCAACUCCUGUUACUAAAACUGAAUCCGAUUUGAAUGCUAAAACUGAGCAAACUAUGGAGAAUUUAGAAAACGAAAUAGAUAAAGCUUAUACUAUUGUUGAAUCAAAAUUCCAACAACUUUGGAAAGACAACUCACAUUUAUUGAAUAAAGAAACAGUGGAUGAACAAAGACAGAAGUUUGUGAAGCAAUUGAACACAAUGAAAGAAAAUCUUGGUCAUAAUAAAAAUAUUCAAUUGGUAACUGAAAAUUUUAAUACAUUUGAAAAUCAAUUAAAAGAAUUAAAUCUAGAGGAAAAGCUACAUAUCAAAGACAUAUCAACGAAAGCUAAUCAAGCAUUAGAUGUAUUAGACUCGAAAUUAGAAAGUGUUGAAAAAGAAGCUAGUAAAUACGUCAAUUCAUUUACAUCAUUCUUUUCUCAAAUCAUAUCAAUCACGCCUGAGCAAGACCAACCAAAAGAAAAAGAAGUACUUUUUAAUUCAUCCUUAAAUCAAUAUGCAAAUUAUGGUACUAGCCGUUAUGAAAAUGAUUUAUUGAAACUACAUACAGACAAAAAUUACUACAUAACGAAAGAAGAACCAGAUGAACCUUUUAAUGUUGAUGAAAAGACAAAAGAAAUUGAACUGUUACUCAAAAAGUAUCCUACCACAUUAACUGAAUUAAUGAAUGAAAUAGUCCCUGUUGAAGUAAGUUAUAAUCAAUUUUGGUACUUAUAUUUCAAAAAUGAAUCCGAACUACAGAAGUUGGAUAAACAAAGAAAAGAGCUACAUUCAAAGAAGGAAGAUGAAGAAUUUGAUUGGGAUGAUGAUGACGACGAGCAUGAAAUUGAGACGCCUGAAAAAUUGACAUUAAAAGAAAGUAAAAAUGAUAAAAGUUCGGAGGAAAUUACAAAGAAAGAGAAUGAAAAUGAUGAUGAUGACGAUGAGGAAGAUGAUUGGGAAUAG